AGUCUCUGCACUGACCAGGGAUCAGAUUUCAGGUUGUUUGCUGAAUGUUUCCAUAGUAACCAGUUAGACUUAGUUGUUAAGUUAGACACUGUGUUUAUGUGCACUGGUGAAAGCGUUCAGUCAACCCAGCAUCUCAAAAUGGUAGAAGAGAAACAGCAUUUUUCUGUGAGCAGCGGUGGUAAAUGGUUUGCUCAUUCAGAUGUUUCUGAAAGCGAAGCAAUGGGAAGAGAAACUUGUACAACCACUGGACUCAUGCUGAGUCAGCUCGGGACAUCACCUCAGGGCUUGAGCUUGGAGCGGUUUCCUAAAUGGAAAACUCAUCAGAAAUCUAGAGAGUUUCCACACUCUCGCCAUGACAACAAGCAUGCUUUAAAGGACGACAUCACAAUCUUCUCUGAUGGUGUGGGACUGAGGAAAUGUCCUGAUAAUCUCAGACAGCAUAAUUCCCAUUUCUGCCUCCGUGACAGUGGAGCUGAGACCCAGGUCAGCCACAGUAUCUACAAAACAGACUUCACGUCAACGGAGGUCAGCGAUGUUCCAGAGAGAAGUAGGCGGUUCCCUCGAAAUCACAAACAGAAGUCAGCAGAGGCAGCAAAAGCUCAGGCAGGAGAGCAGUUCAUGUGGUUCGAACAACACAACGUGCACUGUCCAGACUCUCUGUAAAUGCUGGCAUCUGCCAGAAGAUCAGCACCUUCAAAGAUCAGAAAUAUUUGAAUGGACAGGGAAAAAAAACCAGAAUAAAAUAGAACAGCUUAUCUUAUUUGAUGAUUCUGGAGCUUGAGCUGGUUGGACCUUAACGUGUCAUGUAAGCAAAGCUUGCAAAAUUUCCAUCUUAAAAUGUGCAUGAAACAUUUAGAAGAUUUUGAUUGUUAAGCUCUAUCUUUACAUGUUGUUUUAAAAUUUUCAUUUUACAGCAGGCUUGAAAACAUUCUGAAAGGUUCUCGUGCUUACAAAUAGAAAACAUUCCAAUAAAAUCUGAUUAAA